AUGGAACUACCACAAGUUGUGUUUGACGGAUUUGAACCCACUGGAUUAGGUGACGCCGGCCACAAGCAGAAUGCCGAUGGAAACCAGGCGGAGGCGUCAACACGCCUUGCCGGGGCAUCGCCCAUCGCUGCACUUACGGCAGGGGAACAGGCAAGCGAGGAUGCGGAGGUGAAUGACGCCCGAAUGCCUGCUGAAACGCCCGAAACACCACAAGUUAGGGAGGCCAACAAAAAUGUUCCCUUGAGUGAAGAUGCGCCUGUGGAGUUGGUGCGGGUUUGUUUUACGCCAAAGUAUGUGGUAAAGGCAGCUAUGUGGGUGUCCGGCAUCCUUAGUGUGCCCACCGAACUUGGGGGAGGCUGGGUGCAGUACAAGCUGAAGGAUGAAAGUGAGGAACUGCGGCAGACGUUACAUGGAAAAGACUCCAUUGUGGCCAAUUGGAGGGAAAACUGUAAGGAAGUUUCCAGUAGUUACAUGGGAAUGGCGACUUUGCCACUGCUUCGACAUGUGAAGGCACUUCGGGACGAGGUGGAACGAGCUCGUGGGAUUCCCCUCCAGUUAUGGCCAGUGGACAAGCUGAUUCAAACUCGAGAGGGUCGCACGUGCGCAUUGCAUCACACUUCUUUUGGUACGAUGCUUGUUGGCAUUCGGAGCCGACGGGAUGUGGAUAAUUCACGGAAUCCGGAGAAGAAAAAAGGCUCUGGACGAGAGAAGAUGAGUCAUGCGCCUGACAAUGAGGGUUCCUCCCACACCACUGCGACGUGUACUUCCCGAAGCCGCACCGGUAGUUAUGCCCAUGUUCCCGCUCAAGCUCCGUGCGCAGGGCUUGCUCCCACCACCGGGGGCCUGCACCGUGAGGCCUUGUCAAAUAUGCCUCCCAUGAUGAACGCAAGGGCACUGGGAGGAGUCGCACCCAGUGCGGUGUACGGCGCCGCCCCUGGGAGUAUUAUUGCCCCCUUCCCCUUCAUGCCGGAGAUGCCGCUGUCCUCUAAUGUUCCGUUUCAACCAAACAUGAUGCCAACCACCAUGAUGGUUCCUUUUUUGCCAAAUGGCCUGAGGGAUACUUCGUUUGCGGAGCGAAAAGAGCAACCGGCGACGGUGGUGCCUCCACCUAUAUUUCACUCGGUUCCUUUUUCCCAGUUGCCCAUGGAGUCACGAAGAGAGGCUGUGACAGGGGCAUUCAGCAACGUCAACCGAGGCGAUGGCAGAGGUGUCAAUCCGGGCCCCCCUCCCCUGCCGAGCUUUGCGGCGGGCGAUGCAGUCAUGUCAACGUCAACAUACGCUUUUCCAGUACGCAACUUGGCAACAGCACCACCCGUUGGAACGUUUCCCCCCGCUUCCACAAGUAUGCCUCAAACACAACUGCAACCCCAACUGCAACCACAGCCACAGCAGCAGCAGCAGCAGCAAUUUAUGCUGCUUCAACAGGGCCCCGGUGGGGUUCCUGUUUUUGUUCCUGUUACCUCAGCACCGCAGCCGUCGUCACUUCUACCGCCGUAUGGGUUUCCUUACGCUGGCAACGUCGGCUCCCCUCAGGUCCUUGUGGCCUCGCCGCAGCCCCUGCUUCAAGACUCAUCUUUGCCUCCGCCGCCGCCGCCGCCGCCGCCCCCACCAACCGGUGCCCCCGCCGCCGCUGUCACCAACCUUUCUGGCGGGGGUCCGACUCCUAAUUACUUUUACUACGUCCCUGCGCCAUAG